CAUGGGCCAGACUGGGAAGAAAUCUGAGAAGGGACCGGUUUGUUGGCGCAAGCGUGUAAAAUCAGAGUACAUGCGGCUGCGGCAGCUCAAGAGGUUCAGGCGGGCUGACGAAGUUAAGAGUAUGUUUAGUUCCAAUCGUCAGAAAAUUUUGGAAAGAACGGAAAUCUUAAACCAAGAAUGGAAACAGCGAAGGAUACAGCCUGUCCACAUCCUGACUUCUGUGAGCUCAUUGCGCGGGACCAGGGAGUGUUCAGUGACCAGUGACUUGGAUUUUCCAACGCAAAUCAUCCCAUUAAAGACUCUGAAUGCAGUCGCUUCAGUACCCAUAAUGUAUUCUUGGUCUCCCCUACAGCAGAAUUUUAUGGUGGAAGAUGAAACGGUUUUACAUAACAUUCCUUAUAUGGGGGAUGAAGUUUUAGACCAGGAUGGGACUUUCAUUGAAGAGCUAAUAAAAAACUAUGAUGGAAAAGUACACGGGGAUAGAGAAUGCGGGUUUAUAAAUGAUGAAAUUUUUGUGGAGUUGGUGAAUGCUCUUGGUCAGUACAAUGAUGAUGAUGAUGAUGAUGAUGGCGAUGACCCCGAUGAAAGAGAAGAAAAACAGAAAGAUCUGGAGGAGAACAGAGAUGACAAAGAAAGCCGCCCGCCUCGGAAAUUUCCUUCCGAUAAAAUUUUUGAAGCCAUUUCUUCAAUGUUUCCAGAUAAGGGCACAGCAGAAGAACUAAAGGAAAAGUAUAAAGAACUGACCGAGCAGCAGCUCCCGGGCGCACUUCCUCCUGAGUGCACCCCGAACAUCGACGGGCCGAACGCCAAGUCCGUGCAGAGGGAGCAGAGCCUGCACUCUUUCCACACGCUCUUCUGCAGGCGGUGCUUCAAGUAUGACUGCUUCCUGCACCCUUUUCAUGCAACACCCAACACUUAUAAGCGGAAGAACACAGAAACGGCUCUAGACAACAAGCCGUGUGGACCACAGUGUUACCAGCACUUGGAGGGAGCAAAGGAGUUUGCCGCUGCCCUCACCGCCGAGCGGAUAAAGACGCCGCCGAAGCGGCCCGGAGGCCGCAGGAGAGGACGGCUCCCCAACAACAGCAGGCCCAGCACCCCCACCAUUAACGUGCUGGAAUCGAAAGACACAGACAGCGACCGGGAAGCGGGGACGGAGACGGGCGGGGAGAACAACGAUAAAGAGGAGGAGGAGAAAAAAGACGAGACUUCCAGUUCCUCGGAAGCGAAUUCUCGAUGUCAAACGCCAAUAAAGAUGAAGCCAAAUAUCGAGCCUCCCGAAAACGUGGAGUGGAGUGGUGCCGAGGCCUCGAUGUUCAGGGUCCUCAUUGGCACGUAUUAUGACAAUUUCUGUGCCAUUGCCAGGCUCAUCGGGACCAAAACUUGUAGGCAGGUGUAUGAGUUCCGUGUCAAAGAAUCCAGCAUCAUAGCUCCUGUGCCGGCCGAGGAUGUGGACACCCCUCCAAGGAAGAAGAAGAGGAAAUACAGGUUGUGGGCUGCACACUGCAGAAAGAUACAGCUGAAAAAGGAUGGCUCCUCUAACCACGUUUACAACUACCAGCCCUGUGACCAUCCGCGUCAGCCUUGUGACAGUUCGUGCCCUUGUGUGAUAGCACAAAAUUUUUGUGAAAAGUUUUGUCAGUGUAGUUCAGAGUGUCAGAACCGCUUUCCCGGCUGCCGCUGCAAAGCCCAGUGCAACACCAAGCAGUGCCCGUGCUACCUGGCUGUGCGCGAGUGCGACCCCGACCUCUGCCUCACCUGUGGUGCGGCCGACCACUGGGACAGCAAAAACGUGUCCUGCAAGAACUGUAGCAUCCAGCGGGGCUCCAAGAAGCACCUGCUGCUGGCGCCGUCCGACGUGGCGGGCUGGGGGAUUUUCAUCAAAGAUCCCGUACAGAAAAACGAAUUCAUCUCGGAGUACUGUGGAGAGAUUAUUUCUCAAGAUGAAGCAGACAGAAGAGGGAAAGUCUACGACAAAUACAUGUGCAGCUUUCUGUUCAACUUGAACAAUGAUUUUGUGGUGGAUGCAACCCGCAAGGGUAACAAGAUUCGUUUUGCAAAUCAUUCAGUAAAUCCAAACUGCUAUGCAAAAGUUAUGAUGGUUAACGGCGAUCACAGGAUAGGGAUUUUUGCUAAGAGAGCCAUCCAGACUGGUGAAGAGCUGUUUUUUGAUUACAGGCAGGAAAGCAAUCUCCUGCCGCUAUGGGAUUUCCGAACGGCCACCUCGUCCAGCUCCAUGAUUGUCUACACAGAGAUCGAGGCUUCAAGGCUCCUGUGCGCCAGGCCGCUGGGACCCGCCCCGUGGGCAGAAACUCGCUUCUACUCUGAGAACUGGACAAGCCUGUUGGAACAGCCCCCACCCCCUGCCAUCCCCGAGGGCCCGGGAAGGUGGCUCUGCAUCACCACGGCCGGGCCCGCACCAGACCAAACAGGAGCCCCAGCCUCCGCGUGA